UCUUAAAUUCAGCUACAGUCAUAGGGUGGAUAGCUGUAGGUUGGUACACUCGUUUGGGUGGGGAGAGAUGGUCGAAAGCCAUUAUAGGAGAUAAUCAUAAAUGACUGACCAUUCAGCACCGUCUACGAGUGCAUCGAGGGUAUUUUUGUGGAGUAGCGCUUGUUGUAAAGGUAGCCUAUGACCUUUACGUCAGUAUGUCAAUUCAACCAGUGCCUGCUGAAUGUGUCACCAUCCAAUCAUCUCAAAUACAACCACACUACCUUCACAAGUUGUAGUGGAAUCACCAACAGGACAUUUACACCAACCAAUGACUCCUUAAUAAGUAAAGAGGAAUGGGAAUCUCUGCUCAAAGAGCUACAAUGGUCAUUACCGCCUGUUGUCCCCUUAUCCAUAGAUGAGGCCACAAACCCCACUAAGUGCUCAUUCUCUGUCAACCCCAAUUCAAACUACACAGUUGGAGGGUUUAUAGAUGUGAUUUUGAUAGCUAGAGAUACUAAAAACAGGAUCAAAACCUAUGGAGGGGACUUUUUUCAGGCCAAGCUGUUUAACUCAGAACUUAAGGCCAGUACUUAUGGAGCUGUAACAGACCACUUUAAUGGCACCUACACUGCCCGUCUGGCCCUGCAUUGGCCCGGACCUGCCAAGGUGUCCAUCCGCCUAGUGCACUCUAGCGAGGCCGUGCAGGUACUGUGUAGGCAAAGGGAACAGGACCCAGAUAAGGUCUACUUCCAUGGCUACUUUGAGGAGGGUGGCAAGCAGGAAACGGUAAUGUGCAAUGCCCAGAGAAGUCCUAGGCUGGUGGGGAAUGAGUCACAGUGUUGCUGUGAGUACAGAGAGCCAGUCACUGGGGAGACCUGGUUCUGUCGUCGGCCAUCUUCCCUGCCUUGCCAUGCUUUGACCUACCACAGCAUGGGUGGUUACCAGGCAGUACUCUCCAAGGAGGAGAUGACCCUUCUAAAGAGUUCCACGAACAUUAUUGUACCAGGUGACAAUUCAGCUAUCGAUGUCCAGCAACAGGACACUGAAAUCCGAUCACAAACAAAAUGCCGUCCUGGUUUGCACACCUCAGUACCAGCUGGAUUCUACCUCCAGGAUCACUGGACAUCCCUGGUGUGUUACUCAAAAUCCUUUCCCUCAGCUAAACUGAUAUCUGGAUGCCUGAAGGACAAACAGAUCCUUAUGAUGGGUGACUCCACUCUCCGUCAGUGGUUCGACUACCUGGAGGAAACUGUGCCAACAUUGAAACGCCUGAACCUUCACACAUCAAGCAAAUCGGGCCCCUUUGAGGCAGUCGACACCCAGUCCAACACCCGUAUUAUCUGGCGGGCCCAUGGGAUACCUAUACGGACAAGCAAGACGCCCUGGGCUGACCUUCACUACAUCGCCAGGGAGUUGGAGGAUAUGGCAGGGGGUGCACACUCUGUAGUCGUCUUCACCAUCUGGGCUCAUUUCACCACGUACCCACUGGCUAUGUACGCACACCGUCUGGUCGUCGUCCGUAGGGCUGUGGCAUCGCUCCUAAGACGAUCUCCCACUACUCUGGUAGUGAUCAAGUCAGCUAACACAGGCUACAAGGAUGUGUAUGGCAGCGACUGGCUCUCCUGGCAGCUCGACAUGGCACUCAGGGAAAUAUUCAAGGACUUGCCUCUGGUCCUCAUCGACGUUUGGCAGAUGACCUCCUGCCACUAUUCUCCGGACAACAUUCACCCGCCCUCUGUGGUGAUCCAAAAUGAAGUGGAUCUCUUCUUGUCCUUUGUUUGUCCACAGUGAAAAAUGUUGUAGUCAUGCCUGUAAUAACAUUGUGCCUUACUGUAUACAAAAUGCUGUCUCCGAAAGGAUUCUGCUGUCACGUUCUGACCUUUAUUUCCUUUGUUUUGUAUUUAUUUAGUAUGGUCAGGGCGUGAGUUGGGUGGGUAGUCUAUGUUUGUUUUUCUAUGUUUUGGGGUAUUUCUAUGUUUCGGCCUAGUAUGGUUCUCAAUCAGAGGCAGGUGUCAUUAGUUGUCUCUGAUUGAGAAUCAUACUUAGGUAGCCUGGGUUUCACUGUUUGUGGGUGAUUGUUCCUGUCUUUGUGUUUGCACCAGAUAGGGCUGUUUUGAGUUCUCACGUGUAUUGUUUUCAUUAGUUUAUUCAUGUAUAGUUUUUUCUUCAUUAAACAAACAUGAAUCAUCA